AUGGUUUUAGUGGUCCCGACACAGGCCGCAGUUAUUGACACAAUAUUUUUGCUCAGCCGCCUCAGCACACCACAUCGCAGUCUCCGUCGUCUUAUCGUCUCAACAUUAGCAUUACACAACCAGUACACAACCAGCACACAACCAGUACACAACCAGUACAUAACAAAUACACAAGUACACAACCAGUACACAACCAGAACACAACCAGUACACAACCAGUACACAAGUACACAACCAGUACACAAGUACACAACCAGUACACAACCAGUACACAACCAGUACACAACCAGUGCACAACCAGUACACAACCAGUACACAACCAGUACACAACCAGUACAUAACCAGUACACAACCAGAACACAACCACAACCAGUACACAACCAGUACACAACCAGUGCACAACCAGUACACAACCAGUACACAACCAGUACACAACCAGUACACAACCAGUACACAACCAGUACACAAUCAGUACACAAGUACACAACCAGUACACAACCAGCACACAACCAGUACACAACCGGUACACAACCAGCACACAACCAGUACACAACCAGUACACAAGUACACAACCAGUACACAAACAGUACACAACCAACUAGUACACAACCAACUAGUACACAACCAGUACACAACCAGUACACAACCAGUACACAAGUACACAACCAGUACACAAGUACACAACAAGUACACAACCAGUACACAACCAGUACACAACCAGUACACAACCAGUACACAAGUACACAACCAGUACACAACCAGUACACAACCAGUACACAACCAGUGCACAACCAGUACACAAACAGUACACAACCAGUACACAAACAGUACACAACCAGUACACAACCAGUACACAACCACAACCAGUACACAACCAGUACACAACCAGUGCACAAACAGAACACAACCAGUACACAACCAGUACACAACCAGUACACAACCAGUACACAACCAGUACACAACCAGUACACAACCAGUACACAACCAGUACACAACCAGUACACAACCAGUACACAAAAAGUACACAACCGGUUCACAACCAGUACACAACCGGUACACAACCAGCACACAAGUACACAACCAGUACACUGCCAUUACACAACCAGUACACUGCCAUUACACAACCAGUACAAAACCAGUACACAACCAGUACACAACCAGUACACAACCAGUACACAACCAACUAGUACACAACCAGUACACAACCAGUACACAACCAGUACACAACCAGUACACAACCAACUAGUACACAACCAGUACACAACCAGUACACAACCAGUACACAAUCAGUACACAACCAGUACACAACCAGUACACAACCAGUACACAACCAGCACACAACCAGUACACAACCAGUACACUGCCAUUACACAACCAGCACAAAACCAGUACACAACCAGUACACAACCAACUAGUACAAAACCAGUACACAACCAGUACACAAGUACACAACCAGUACACAACCAGUACACAACCAGUACACAACCAGUACACAACCAGUACACAACCAGUACACAACCAGUACACAACCAGUACACAACCAGUACACAACCAGUACACAACCAGUACACAACCAAUACACAACCAGUACACAACCAGUACACAUCUGUCAUAGAGACAAAAAUCACUAGUGUAUUUUCUGUUUACGAGAGCUUGACAAAGCCUCUACAGAACUUUCACGAAUUAUUCCGCGAUAUUAUUAUAUUACUAUAG